AUGGGGUAUCGGGAUCAGCUGGAGAUGAAGGGGGGACGAGUGGCGAAGGACCUACAGCGGAUUGUGGCCAAGACGAGGAAGCUUUACUCGAGGAAGAGCUUUGCACAGCUGCCCGAGUGGAUCAAAUCUGCCAAAGGGAGAGCCCACCUCCCCUGCGUGUUUGAAGGAAUCUACGCCUCCCCAGUGGUGGACGGCUAUCGCAACAAGUGCGAGUUCUCCAUCGGGCCCUCUGCUGCUGGUCAGCCCACCGUUGGGUUCCUUCUCGGAAACUUCCGCGACGGAGUGACAGCAGUGGCGGAACCAUCAGGGUGUCGAAACAUCUCCCCCGUCGCCAUCGCCUUUGCACGCCUGGUGCAGGAAGUGGUGCGAGAAUCACCCCUGGCUGCAUGGGAUAAGGUCAACAACCGCGGCUUCUGGCGAUUGCUCACGGUGAGGGAAGGCACGGCCGAACCACUCACUGCCGCACCAAAUCCCGGGCCUGCUGCUGCUGACGUGGCACCGAUGGACGUGGACCAAUCAGCAACCGCCAAUGGUGGACAGCCAUUGACAGAGGAGCGAUGUGAUGAUGUCACUAUACUGGAUCACCAUGGGACACGGCCUGAAGAUGACACAGGGGAUGACACAAGAAACGACACAGGGGGUGACGCAAAGGGUGACACAAGGGAAGGGAAAGGCACGGGGUACAGUGGCAGGGCGGCAGUGAAUCAAGUGAUGCUGCUGCUGCAGGUGAACCCUGCUGGUGUCGAUCGGACGGCCGUGGAUGCGGAGCUGAGCAGAUUGACGGCUGAGAUUGAAAGAGGAGCGGCGGAGCACAGCCCCCCACUGCCUCUGACUCUGAUUCUGGUUCAGGAGCACUCGGGCGUGUCCAAUGCAGCCCCUGAGAGCUGCCCCAUCCGGCUGCUCUACCCCCGCUCUAGUCGAACUCAGCCAUCAGCAGCAGCGCCUGUGGCGGGGAAUGGAAGUGCGAGUGGUGGGCAAGAAGAGGCACCAGGAGCGCAGCUGCUGCAUCAGCUCGCUGCUUCUUGGGUGGGUAGGCUUGGGGCCGCCUCCCCUACUUUCGCUCAACCCAUCUAUCCCUUUACAACUAUUUGUCCUUCUCCUCCCCCACAGACCAACUCAGCAGGAGCGCAGCUGCUGUAUCAGCUCGCUGCUUCCUGGACCAACUCAGCAGGGGCGCAGCUGCUGUAUCAGCUCGCUGCUUCCUGGCAGCAGGGGCAGGAGCAGGGGCAGGAGCAGCAGGGGCAGGAGCAGGGGCAGGAACAGGAGCAGCAGGGGCAAGAGCAGCAGCAGGCGCAGGAGCAGGAGCAACAGGGGCAGGGGCAGCAGCAGGAGGGGCAGCAAGGAGGGCAAAGCGAGGAGAGGGGCGGAGUGUUGGUAUUUGAUGUGUGCUGUGGCACCGGCACCAUCGGCCUGUGUGUUGCCAAGCACGCCAAGAAGGUGAUCGGGAUCGAGAUGAACGAGUCGGCAGUGGAGGAUGCGAGGAGGAAUGCGGCCAUCAACGGCAUUCAGCAUGCCGAGUUCAUCGCCUCCCGGGCUGAGCUGGUGCUGCCAAAGCUCCUCCAUAAGUACCUCCCCCAGGUGAAGCCUGCCCCUGACAGCCCCCCCCAGGGGAAGGAGGGGAAGGAGGGGAAGGAGGGGAAGGAGGGGCAGCAGCAGGACGAAGGGAAAGAGGAAAAGGAGGAAGGGGAGAAGGAGUUUGAGUUUUCUCGAGUUGUGACGAUCGUGGACCCUCCACGAGCUGGUCUGCAUCCAACGGUGCUUAGAGCCCUUCGGGAGAAUCCCAAGAUCGAGCAGCUGCUCUACAUCUCAUGCAACCCCUCGUCCCUCGUGGCAAACGUCCUCGACCUCUGCUCGCCCCCUCCGGAGCUCAAGAAGCCGCAAGCAGGAGGCGGGGGGUGGAGCAAGUGGGGGCCUGCAGCUGGACAGAGGGCCAUGGCUGGGGAGCCAUUUCGGCCGGUGAGGGCCGUGGCGGUGGAUUUGUUUCCGCACACGGAGCACUGUGAGGUGGUGAUGCUGCUGGAGAGGUAG